AUGGCCGAGAAAGCUAUUGUGGGCGAUUACGAAUGGCUUGUUGAAAGACCCGCACCCCAGAGAAAGACAAGGAAGAAGGUAGUUAGUGCAGAAAGAACAAGCAAGUUCGAUCCCGCGGUGGAAGUUUUGAUCGAAGUUGAGUGUUUUCAGUUGUUUUUGAGCGUAGAAAUUUUCUAUAACAUAUUGACUUUUUCAAACAAAAAAAUAGCGAAGAAACAUAAAAUAAAGGAUAAUCUUUUGCCCAAACACAUUUACAGGUUUGUAGGGAUAUUUAUUUACAUGGGAGCCCACCACAACACCAAAAACCCCAUUGAAGAGCUUUGGUCCAUGGAAGAUGGAAAAGCUAUUUAUAAAGCAGCCAUUUCGAGGGACAUGUUCAAUCUGGAAUUUGAUGACGAAAAAUUCCGAAUACUCUCCGAAAAGCAACUGAAAAAGAGCGUCAGGGUGAAGAAAGAAAUCGAUCUCAAGGAAAACUAUCUAGUAACCCCAGCACCCGCCCCAAACGAGAGUGACAGAUUCGCUUUAAUUAGAGUGAUCUUGGACAAGUUCAUCUUCAACCUCGUGAACCAGAAAUACUACACACUUAGCAAUUUUGUUUUGGUCGACGAGCAUCUCUGCUCGUUCAAAGGCAAGAUGUGGGCCAAGGUGUUCAUCAAGUCGAAACCUGGCCGCUACGGUAUCAAAUUCUGGGUUUGUUCUAUUUUUAUGUAA